UGUUAAAGUUUCAAACUUUACAUAUAGGUUUGUUUAUUGAUAGCUUAUCAUUUAGUAAAGUUUGAACAUUUAUUUGAAUUAUGGUGGAUCUUGAUUAAUUUAAUCUGGGUUUUUGAUAAAUUUUGUGGGUCAUAAUAAAGUUUUGAUCUUGAUGUGAAUUGAGAAUCGAAAUGGUGAAAUUUGUGUAUAGGCGUGUUUGUUAGUAAAUUUUUAGGGUUAGUGGGAAGAUGACAGAUGUUGAAUCACAAUUGAGACAUAAGCCUGAGAGUACUACUACUGAUGUUUGUUCCGAAUUCGAGAGAGAUGGGUCGGAUUUCGAGAGGGGGUUGGAAGAAUUGAUGAGAGGGCAUUUGGAUGAUUGUUUGUCAUUUGCAUCUUGUAGUAAUGAAGAUGAUGAAGGUGAUGUUGAGAGUGAGGGUGGUGAUCAGCUUGUGAGAAGGAGAAGAAGGUCGGAUCUUGAAGGCGAUGAUCUGGCAGAAACGUCUGCUGCUAGAAGACGGCAGUCGAGAAUUUUGAGCAGGUGGGCUGCAAGGCAGGCGCAGGAGAUGAUCACGACGAUAGAGAGGAGGAAUAGGGAAUCUGAGUUGAUGGCGCUUGCGGGUUUGCAUACGGUUUCUAUGUUGGAUUCUUCGUUUUUAAGAGAGUCUCAGAGUCCGUCGCAGUCGCCUACCUCAAGGAGGCAAGGGAAUGUUGAGAGAGGGAGUACACGGGCGUCUUCUAUAUUGCAGAUGUGGAGGGAAUUGGAAGAUGAACAUGUUUUGAGUCGGGCUCGUGAAAGGGUUAGAGAGAGACUUAGGCAACAGAGGAGUGUGGAGUCUAAUAUGUCGGAAAGCAGAGCAAGUGAACAUGAGAGUGAAAAUGAUUAUGGGGUUUGGUCAAAUGAUCAAAUGGAAGUGCAAAACGAGCAACAAGAAAAUGAUGAUUCUACUCGUGAACAGUCUCCUGAUUUAGGUGAUGUUGAUGCUGAAAAUGAGAGGGAGAGAGUGAGGCAUAUUGUUCAGGGAUGGAGGGAGAGUGGUGUCACUGAUCAAUCAUCUAGUGUUCCCGAGAGAAGUGGUAGUCCACGAGCUGAAUGGCUCGGUGAAACUGAGCGGGAAAGGGUGAGGAUUGUGAGGGAGUGGGUUCAAAUGACUAGUCAGCAGAGAGGGUCUCGUGGUAGUCAUAGGGAAGAGCAGGGGGCAGUGGUCCACGAUCAGAGUCGUGAUAGGACCAGUGUGGACCAUGAUGAAGGUCAACCAGAGCAUAUUCGAAGGGAUAUGUUACGGUUGCGCGGUAGACAAGCUCUACUUGACCUACUUGUUAGGGCUGAGAGGGAACGUCAGAGGGAACUCCAGGGCUUGACAGAAUAUCGUGCUGUUUCUGAUUUUGCUCAUCGUAAUCGAAUUCAGUCGUUACUCAGAGGCAGAUUCUUAAGAAAUGAAAGGCCUGUGGAGGAGGAGAGGCUUCCAUCAGUGGCAGCAAGUGAGUUGGUCCAGUUGAGACAACGUCACACCGUGUCUGGUCUGAGGAAUGGGUUUCGGUCCAGACUAGAAACCAUUGUUCGCGGUCAAGUAAGCAGCCAAUCUGAAAGUUCAUCUAACAAUAACAACACUGAUUUUAGAAGUGAUGAAACUCAUGCAAACACUUCACAGGAGAUUGAACAUGAAAGUCAAGAGCAAAUGCAAUUGUUGGUUCAGGAAACCAACGUUCAGCAGGUUCCAAGUUUGGAAAAUGGUGCAGCUGUUCAAAGUACAAAUCAGCAAACCACCAUGGAUGAAGGAGAAGAGUGGCAGGACCAUAAUGUUACUAAUGACCUCAAUGAAUGGAGAGAUGGAAUUUCAGAAGGUGUUGACAUUGGCCGUAAUUGGCAGGAAAGUUCAGGUAAUGAUUGGGUACCAGAAACCUCAGGUAGUGAAAUAGGUACCCGUAUGCAAGAAACUAAUGACAUGUGGCAUCAACCGAGCUCACGAGAACCAGUUGAAAGAUGGUCUCAGGGGACUUCUGAUCCUCCAAGAAUACGGCGUACGGUUCCUGUUAGAAGAGCCAACAGAUUUCACGCACCGGAGGAUGAUAAUGUGUACAGUAUGGAAUUACGAGAACUUUUAAGCAGGAGAAGUGUUUCUAAUCUGCUUCGAAGUGGUUUCCGCGAGAGUUUGGACCAUUUGAUUCAAUCAUAUGUUGAAAGGCAAAGUCGUGCACCCAUUGAUUGGGAUCGUCACAGAAACUUGCCCACACCGUCGCCAGAGGUUGGCCAAGAGCAGCAUGAACCAAUUGAUAGACCUUCACUGGUUGCACCAUCUCCUCCAGCACCCCCACCACAACCGAUUUGGCACCACCAUGAUAUGCCUCAUUCUAGUUGGUCGCGUCACAGCAUUCAUCGCUCUGAACUUGAGUGGGAAAUGAUCAAUGACUUGAGGGCGGAUAUGGCGAGGUUGCAGCAAGGUAUGAGUCACAUGCAGCGGAUGCUUGAGGCCUGUAUGGACAUGCAGCUUGAGUUGCAACGUUCUGUCAGACAAGAAGUUUCUGCUGCUUUGAAUCGCGCAGGGGGUGAAAAAGGUCUUGAUGCAACAUCAUCUGAAGAUGGAUCUAAGUGGGUUCAUGUCAAAAAGGGAACCUGUUGUAUUUGUUGUGACAGCCAAAUUGAUUCGCUACUGUACAGAUGUGGCCAUAUGUGUACGUGUUCAAAAUGUGCAAAUGAGUUGGUUCGUGGAGGAGGGAAAUGUCCCUUGUGCCGGGCACCUAUUGUUGAGGUUAUCCGAGCUUACUCCAUAUUGUAAAAACAUUACAAACUGACCGAGGAAGAAGAAUUCGAUCAUAUACUGCUCAAAUGAAGUAGGUGUCUCAAGUUUUUCAUGUCCUCACAUAUGUAAAGCUUUCAGUUCUUUUUCUGAUCAAAUAUAAAAUGAACGUUGUGCGUUGUAUAAACAGAUCAUCACGUAAAUAAAAUUCUACAGGAAUUCUUUCCUUGUAUCACCA